AAUAUGUCUGGGCGAGGCAAAGGCGGGAAAGGCUUGGGCAAAGGAGGCGCCAAGAGGCACAGAAAAGUUCUCCGGGAUAACAUCCAGGGGAUUACUAAGCCCGCCAUCCGCCGGCUGGCUAGGCGCGGGGGCGUCAAGCGGAUUUCGGGGCUCAUUUACGAGGAAACGCGCGGCGUCCUGAAGGUCUUUCUGGAGAAUGUGAUCCGCGAUGCCGUGACUUACACCGAGCACGCCAAGAGGAAAACGGUCACGGCCAUGGAUGUGGUUUACGCCCUGAAGCGCCAAGGCCGGACUCUCUACGGCUUCGGCGGCUAAUUUGUUGGGAGAUCAGAUCAAAAGGGAAAAGAGAAGGGGGAAAAGGCCCUUUUCAGGGCCGCUCCAAUUUUCCAGGAAAGAGCUGCGUCCGAUGCAAAGGCCGGGGGCUCCG